GGUUCUUGCCAACGUCAAUCAAAUGCGACGCCGUUACGUUGCCGGAGCGUCAGAUGAGUCCCACGGUCCCAGGAAGCCCCGCUCCUUAUUUCAUAUAUAUUUUUUAGCAAUAAAGGCGGUUGAAGAGCUGAAAUUCGAGGUCAGGGAGCACAAAUGGAAAAAGCAAAAUAAUUUAAAAUGAUUUCAGGUUAGCUUGCUGUCAACGUCAGCGCACAUUUGUUAUUAUUUGGCGUUGAUAUCGGCGAUGUUUACUGUGCAGCUUGAUAAGUUCCUCUGAAGGGUGGCCAAUCUCUGGAUCCUCGAGCCGACCACUGCCUCAAUAUCAGGCAGAAAAGACACAGUAUAUUUCUCUUAUAUCGUGGGGUGGCGGCAAGCCAAUAAUUGACUCUGGAGCAGGACACGGAGGAUAGUGUGGCCAUGACGGGAGGGACUGAAGCCACCCUUCCCAUGAGCAACCACACCCGAGAGAGGGUGACCGUGGCCAAGCUGACGCUGGAGAACUUCUACAGCACGUUGCUCACCCAGCACGAGGAGCGCGAGAUGAGGCAGAAGAAGCUGGAGAAGGCCAUGGACGAGGAGGGUUUGCCGGAUGAGGAGAAAGUAAUGCGCCGCUCGCAGCACGCCCGUAAGGAGACCGAGUUCUUGCGACUGAAGCGGACGCGACUUGGCUUGGAUGACUUUGAGUCCCUUAAAGUUAUCGGGCGGGGGGCUUUUGGAGAGGUCCGUUUGGUGCAGAAGAAAGACACGGGGCACAUUUAUGCCAUGAAGAUUUUGAGAAAGGCCGACAUGCUGGAGAAGGAACAGGUCGCCCAUAUCCGGGCGGAGAGGGAUAUUCUGGUGGAGGCGGACGGCGCCUGGGUUGUCAAGAUGUACUACAGCUUCCAGGACAAGAGGAACCUCUACCUCAUCAUGGAGUUCCUGCCUGGAGGCGACAUGAUGACCCUGCUGAUGAAGAAGGACACUCUGUCCGAAGAGGCCACCCAGUUCUACAUCGCGGAGACGGUCCUGGCCAUCGACUCCAUUCACCAGCUGGGCUUCAUCCACAGAGACAUCAAACCAGACAACCUGCUGCUGGACUCCAGGGGACACGUGAAGCUGUCUGAUUUUGGCCUGUGUACGGGACUGAAGAAGGCUCAUCGCACAGAAUUCUACAGGAACCUGACGCACAACCCGCCCAGUGAUUUCUCCUUUCAAAAUAUGAAUUCAAAGAGGAAAGCAGAAACCUGGAAGAAGAACCGGAGACAGCUGGCGUAUUCUACUGUGGGAACGCCGGACUACAUUGCUCCUGAAGUCUUCAUGCAGACGGGAUACAACAAGCUGUGUGACUAUUGGUCUCUGGGUGUCAUCAUGUACGAAAUGCUCAUCGGUUACCCGCCGUUCUGCUCUGAGACACCACAGGAGACGUACAGGAAGGUGAUGAACUGGAAGGAAACCCUCGUCUUCCCCCCCGAAGUCCCCAUCUCAGAGAGGGCCAAAGACUUGAUAUUAAAGUAUUGCACUGAUUCCGAGAACAGGGUUGGAGCUGUGAGCGUGGAGGAGAUCAAGAGUCAUCAGUUUUUUGAGUCGGUGGACUGGGAGCACAUCAGGGAGCGUCCUGCAGCCAUCUCCAUCGAAAUCAAGAGCAUCGACGACACCUCAAACUUUGACGACUUCCCCGAGUCGGACAUCCUUCAGCCAGCCAACGCGACAGAGCCGGACUUCAAAUCGAAGGAUUGGGUGUUCCUCAACUACACGUACAAACGCUUUGAGGGUCUGACUCAGCGAGGCACCAUCCCCACAUACAUGAAGCCAGGGAAGGCCUGACACGGGGAGACGGACAGACAGACGUUUACGGACACAGGGUCGGGCCACCGAGCCCCGCUGGUGCUGAAAGGCUGCGCCGUCGGGCCUCUCGGUAUAAAUUUAACCCUCAUUAUAAGUCAUUUAGGUCUGCUCAGCCGCCGCAAGAACGCCACGAGCUCUGAAAUGAAGGAGCGUUACCGCAUUACCUCGGUUGUUUAUAUCGUAUACUCGUGCCGUCUUUACCACAGCUCUCAGGCCAGCUCACUAACUAGGACACUAAAUCAGCAUAUCUGCAUGUACAGUCCGGAGAGGGUGCUUCACUGCCCAGAGAGCGACAGUGGGACCGAUGAUUAGCUGCGAUAGUUUCUACUCAGGCGGCUCAAUUAGCUCUGAUGCAAGCGCCAUUUCUAAUACUCAAGACGAGCUCUAUUCGCUGUAGUCGGAAUGAUAAGUUAGUAAGAACAGGUACACCUCUCACUUGUUCUCGCCCGUACUGUUCUACCCAGAUACUGGAUUUUAAAGGAAAGUUCCAGCAUGAUUUCAAGGGGUUUGGCUCACUCUCUGCUUUGUAUUUAGGACUUACUCCCACUAACGAAGGUAGCAUCCAUUUGUGGUGGUGGUAGUUAGCAAAAUGCUAGUGGACCCCAAUAGGUCAGUUAGCAUCAAAUUAUUCUGGGACAAAUAGGAAUGUUGACUACAUUGUUUUUAUAGGCCUUAGUUUUACAGGCUUGUUAGCCCUGCUAGCGGUGUAGCUGUUACUAUUGGAUGAAGUGUCAUAACUUCUGUGAUCUCUUAACUUUUCCUCUAGUGCCGUCAUCAGGUCAAAAGUAGUUUGUCCCAUAUUUUAUUUUUACAUUAUUUUUUAUAUAUCUCUAAAGCUAACUACUGACUUUCCCAUCAGCACCAGCCGUACUAGUGCUAACGAGCAAACGAUGCUAGCGCGCUAAACUAAGAUGGCGAACAUGGGAAACCUGGUGAACAUGUUAGCAGUGUCUGUGGACGUUAGUAUGCUAAUGUUAGCUUUUAGCUCAAAUGUGACAAUCUAUUUAUAGAAAAAACAGGCUGGGAAUUAUUUUAAAGUGUAAAUGUUUUUAUUGUAACAGUAGUAUAAUUAUUUUGGCCUGUGACGGGGGAGAUUGACUUGGACGUGUCUCGCUGUUUUCAGUAACAAUCAACAUUAAAGGGAGAGGAAAUAAAACUCAAAUUACGCUGGAACCGUCCUUUAACCGCCACGGUGCGACUCUGUGUCGGCUCUUUAGGACAACUCUGACGCUUUUCUAGCGGAGGCAAGACCUGUUGCCAGGAAACGUGUGAAAGCAGUUUGCCCCGUGCUUGGUCUCCGUUAGCGGAGCGUCGGCCAUUCACGUGCAUCCAGAGUGGCUCACUUGCCUUCAGAGCCAGUUGUGUUCGUUUGCUGCAGUAGUUAUUUCCCCUGAUCUUAUUUCUAAUGAGCCAGAGGGCCGAUCUGUUCCUUCUUAGAUGGACAAAACAUGCAAAGUGCCUUUUUAAAAUAGCAGAUGAAUAUUUAACCAGAUGUGUUAGCGAUGUUAUCGGAGAUUAAUCAUAGGGUGUCAAUUACUUUUAGAAAUGUUAAAGCUGUUUGAAGGAGGGAAAAGUGAUGCUAAGACAGCAAAAAGAGAGCUCUGAUGUGUCGCUUCUAUUGCGUGUGUCUGCAGAGUGAUGACAGAGCGAUGAAACGAAGGUAACACAGGUUAGAUAAUUAAACAAGGGGCUCAUAAAAACGAUGCUCCAGGCAAACACAAUGAACAAAGUGUGUUUGUUGAAGAUUAAGCUAAACUAGAAAUAAAAUAAGACUAGAUUAAGAUUGUGGAUAUGUUAGACACAUGUAUGUUAGGUUCUA